AUGGUCGUCUCCUUCAAGCUCUCCCGCCGCGGCCGCCGCUUCUACCCGCCGCCCCCCUCCUCCGCCCCCGCCGCCGACGCCUCCGACGGGUCGCCCAAGCCGCCGCCGUGGGAGGUGAGCACCCUCGCCUCGCCACGCCUCCACCCUCCCCAUCUCCCCAUCUCCUUCGUAUUAUGGGAUUUCGUACGGCACGAGCGCUCACCAUCUGACUCAAACCCGUGCGUGCAGGCCGCCGCGGCGGGGCCGGGGCUCGGCGGCGACGCCAUCGCCGCCCGAUCGUCCGUGCGCGGCGCCGAUCCUGCCGAUUUAGGUCUCGAGCCGUCGUUCGCGCUGAACCUGUUCCCGGAUGGGUACUCGGUCGGCGGGAUCGACAAGGGGAUGCUUGUGUUUCUGAUUGGUGAUGAUCCGGAGAGGAAGCCCUACAACAGGGCAUCCAGAUCUCUGCUCUCUGAUAUUGAGUAUGGCUGCUUGCCUAAAGAUAUAUUGCAUGGCAUCCCUUGCAAAUUCCAAAAUGGAAUUGUUGUUUGUGAGGUGCGGGACUACAGGUCCUUCCUGUCGAAUGGGGAUGAUUCUUCAGAAGACGACUUCCCCAUAAUGAACAGAAUUGCUCUUAGAUUGGGGACUGAAUGUGUUGUCAAUGAUCUAUCUUUGAUUGCGGAUGCUUCAUGGACUUAUCACGAGCAAUUGAUUGCUGAGUCGACCAUCAUUAAUUCCUUGCAACCCAGGCUUAAUUUGGACCCCAAGCCAUGCCUUGAAAAGCUAUGCAACUCUGUUAAGAAGAUUGAUUUAGGUCUACAUAAGGGAAGACGACGAAUGAAAGAGACGUCUCCUCUCAAUACUUCUCCUGGCCCUCCUGACAAAUGCAAGCCCAAGGAAUGCAACUCCUGUGAAGGUGCAGCAGUAUGCAUUGAGAAUUCAGCUCUAGAAGUGUUGCCAAGCGGAAUACUGAGCUGCUCGCCAGUGAAUUGUCCAUCACCUCCCCAAGUUAACACAGCAGUAUGCAUUGAGAAUUCAGCUCUAGAAGUCUUCCCAAGCGGAAUACUGAGCUGCUCGCCAGUGAAUUGUCCAUCACCUCCCCAAGUUAACACAGAAGUAUGCAUUGAGAAUUCAGCUCUAGAAGUCUUGCCAAGCGGAAUACUGAGCUGCUCGCCAGUGAACUGUCCAUCACCUCCCCAAGUUAACAGUGCCAAAUCAACUGUAGUGUCUGAUCCCGAAGAUACUACGCAAUGCUCUUCUACCAUUAUCAACAGCUCUGCUUUCUGUGAUAGGGAACAAAGUGCAUCAAGUACUCCUGCUUCUGAUAAUUUUCUUCAGAAUCAUGAUCAGCAGGCGGACUUAGCUAUCGUGAAGGUUGAUCAUAAAAAGGGGCCAUUGCUAACAGAGACAGUUCUACCACAAAAGAGAAAGGAGUGCUCGAAUCUUCUACAUCAAAGGCUGUUUUCAGUGAAAAGUCCAAGGUUGAGUUCCCAAAGUUCCGAUGACCAGUUUCAAAAGUCAGCGGGGGCUUCAAAUAAAGAAGGUCUUAUGCUAGGAUCUCCAAAAGAACCGUCGGUUGAGGACAAGGUAGAUCAGGCAAUAGGCAACAAGGACAUGGAAGUACAUCAACAGAAGUCCUUCUCAACUCCUUCCUUGAACAUAAUAAAGGAUCCAUGUUCAGAAAAAUUCGCCGAAAAGGUUAAGCAGGGAUCUCGGAAAGAACUGCCAGUUGAGGUUAUGGUAGAUCAGACCAUGGGCAAAAAGGACGUAAGAUUACAGGAACAGAAGUCCUUCUCAGUUGUCCCAACAACUCACCCACUUCCUUCCUUCAACAUAAAUGAUCCAUGUUUAGAACAGUUCCCUGAAAAGGUUAAGCUGGGAUCUCCAAAAGAGCUGCCGGUUGAGGUCAAGUUAGAACAGCCAAUUGGCAGAGGAAAGGAAAAUGAGCCCCUGUCAAUACUCCCGACCACUCUUCCACAGUAUUCCUUGAACAGAAACAGUCUGCAUAUAGAAAAAAUCCCUGAAAAGGUUCACUCUUCCGAUACAAGGAUGAGAGAAAGUCAUCUGGUCUCAUGUGUAGAUGUGGACAAUCACGGAGGAGAGCUCAAAGACAGUUCAGUGACCUCUGUAACCUCCUGCAAUGCAAGUUCAAGAAAUGCAGACGACAAACCUCACGAGGAUAAAGCUUCUACGGAGCCCCAACCUAUUACUUCAAACAUAAAAGUAUCAGGAACUUCUACCAUUUCUCUGAACGAGCAAGUCAAUUUUGAAGGGAACGGGCAGAAACAAGCUGAUAUUCUGGUCAGGCGUUCGUUUGAGGACAGAAGCUCAAAAGAGCCAGGUGUUACUGAUGGUACUAGUAGUCAAUUUGGUAUUUCUCCAGAUAUUGAGGUGUGCAUUGGACACCCUUUAUAUAACAUUGAACCUAACAUAGAAAGGAUUCUAUCAGAGGUUAUCCUGACCACCCAGAGGCAUGCACCAGAUGGGAAUGCUGCUAAAAUUGAUGGUCUUGAAACAUUGACGCCAGUGAAUUCCUGCUCACCAUCUUGUUUCAUUCGGUAUGAGGGUGCUGAGGGAAGUCCAUACAUGCGGGAAGAGACCAUUUCAUGCUGUCUAUCUAGGAGAACGAAACAUACUCGAAAUAUUAGAAGCUUUGUUUUUCACCGUGUACAGUAUUUCUGUAGAGGUAUAGUUGAUCAAUCUCAUUACAUACUUUGCCUUCUUGAGUCUGAAUCACCGGAUGACCAUCAAAUAGCUGUUGAAAUGAUAUCAGGAGAUGAGCGUUUUCACAUCGCUACUCUUCCCACUUCUGAUCAAGCAAAGAAGUUUGUGGAUCAAUUCAUUCUUCUGAUGAAACGCGAUGGCUACACACUAUGCAAUUCUACGGUCUGUAAUGGAUUCUCUGAACUCACACAGCAAUCCACAGAUGUAUCUCAGCCCGGCUAUCUGACUGGAGAACAUCCACAGUACCAGGGGUUCUCGCCUUCUGUUGCGAAAAGCGUUGUGAUUAAUGAAUGUAAGGAUGCAGGUUUUGCAUCGGAGAAGAGGCUCCCAGAUGUACAUGCCAAUGCUCGGCAGCAAGGGAGCCAGCAGUGGGGACUGCCAGAUGUACAUGCCAAUGUUCUGUAUCAAGGGAGUCGGCAGUGGGGCCUGACAGACGGGCAUGCAAAUGCCCAGCACGAAGGGAGUCAGCAGUGGGGGAUGCCAGAUGCACACAGAAAUGCCAUGCAGCAAGGGAGUACUCGGCAGCGGGGGCAGUCAUAUGCGCACACAAAUGUUCCACAGCAAGGUGGUAACCAGCAAUGGGGGCAACCAUAUGCACGCAGAAAUGUUCCGCAGCACAGGAGUAACCAGCAGUGGGGGCAACCAUAUGCACAUGCAAGUGUUCCGCAGCAAGGGAGUUACCAGCAGUGGGGGCAGCCAUACGCACACGCAAAUGUUCAGCAGCAAGGGGGUAAUCAGCAGUGGGGGCAAACACAUGCACACGGAAAUGUUGGGCGCCAAGGGAGCCAGAAGCAAUGGGGGCAAGCAUAUGCGCACACAAAAGUUCGGCGCCAAGGGAGCCAGCAGCAAUGGCGGAUGUCAGAUGCUCAUGCAAAUCCUCUGCGUCAAGGGAAACAGAAAUGGUGGCUGCCAGAUGAUCAUCAUAGUUCAAAGGCUAUGCACCAAGGGAGCCAGCAGCAAUGGGUACAGCCAGAGCAGCAACACCCAACGCCGGCAAACGUCGACGCAUCCCACUUCUCGAACCCCGGUUACCCAGUUGAGCAGCAGUACAACAGCAGAGUCUUCCAGGACCAGAGGCGGGCACCAUUCUCAGGCGGGGCGUGCUCAACGGAUCAGCACCAGCACCACUACUACCCCCAAAGCAGACAGGAUACACUAGGAGGGUCCGGCGAGAGACACACUAUGACCACAAGUAUGGGUGCAUGCAGCUAUGGCCAGUGGCACCAGACUCCGACUCCACCCCCGCAGCAGCACGACGGCAGGACGUACCGGUGGGGUUUCCAGGAUUUCGGCAGGCAGGUGCAGAUCAACAACCUGCCUCCAAUGCAGGCCGGGAGGAGCGUGCUGCUGUCGGGGCUGCACCCAACUGGAAGCCCGCAGACGACCUCUCCGACCACCGGCUCCGAUGGCAGCGUCACAAGCACGUUCCUGGUCCCUCCCAGCAGCUACCACCAGUGCCCGCCGCCGCCGCCGCAUGGGAUAUGCUGAAGGGCGAUGUUAUCAGGCAUGGUUUCGUUGGCGCGGCGUGCUUUUGGUGCAGGUUAAAAGCACAGGAAGUACUUGCAACACAUACUUUGCGGAUACUUUGUUUCGAUGAAGUUCCUUCUUUUGUCUCGCGCUUCGCUGGUUGAUAUAUAGCAGGUGCACAGUGGUUUGUCUAUGCUCUGGUAGCUUUAGCCUGAUGGCUACAUUUUUUGCGGAGUACCAAGGGGUAGGACAUGCUUAGGAUGGGCUACUGAUGUUUUUGCUUGCAGCAUUCUGUCAUUGGCAGCUUGGUUGCUUGAGGCUCCUCCUGGGCGGCUAAUAUUAUACAGUAUGGAUUAUGGAAACUUUGUUCA